AUGCGACAUCCAGUUCUUAAAUUCCGAGAAAAAUUCAGACAAGAAGAUGGACAACUAUUUUAUACCUGGGAAUUCCUGAACAGUUACGGUAAUUAUUUAUCGUUGCAGCUGUUUUGUGGAACUUUUGAGUUAGCUCUUAAAGGUCACGACGAAAUCAAAAAUUCAGAAAACAGAGGCAUAUUUAAGGAGUUGGUCAAUUUUAGCGCAGAAUUGGACAACAACUUGAAGGUUCAUAUUCAAAGUCCCAAAUAUUUUAAAGGUAUCUUAAAAACAACCCAAAAUGAACUCCUUGAGGGCGUGUUGGAUGUUUACCACGAGAAAAUUAAGAAAGAAAUUGAAAAUAUCUCCUUAUGUUGCAGUGCUUGCCGAUGA